AUAUAUAUCUCUGACAACUUUCCGUUUAACAUGACCAGUACAAGGGAGGUGCUGAAGGAAGUAACAACCGAGCUAAUUUACAUGUCAUAUGAGGUCAAGGACGCAUCGUCCAUGAAAUAAGUUUCAGAGAUGGAGCGGGCAACCGACCCACUUCGGGAACUGCGAGAGAGGUGUGCGGCAAUGCCUCACAUGGUUGACUGGAAUGACAUCGAUUCCCUGGUGUUUCGGGAAAUCCGCGAGACAGGCACUCUGACGUUAGGCGGGUCUUGUGCAGUUGUUGAUAUACAGGUUGACACCAACGCUUUGACGUUAUCUGAUCGAGGAACUUUUACAGAGGAGAUGGACCUUGUGACGCUAUCUUGGGACAACUCCGCCAACACGUCACACCACUCAGCAUUAGUCAUACACGUGAAAGAGAGAGACUCGUUUGUUAUCCCGCGCAUUGUCGGUGUCUUAUGCAACGAACAUUUUAGAAAGCUUCAACAGUUUGCAGUCAUGAUGUUUAAAGACUACAAAACCAAAAUAUUAACGCUUAAACCAUCUCCACUAAGCUUUGAACUUCUUCAUGUGGAUAGUCCUUCUUUAGAAAAGCUCAGGGACAACAUAAAUGUUGUUUCGAAGAAUUUCAGGAAUUUAGUCUUUGAAGAGGGACAAAUCGAUGUGACAUUUGAACUGAGAGAAAAUGACCUCGCUGUGAGUGAGGAGUUUGCUGUUGGUGAGAAGCCACGUGAAGCUGGUGGCCAUGGAAACAGACCUAUCGCGCCGUUGACAUCCGGGAGGAUGGCAGGUCGGUUACCUGGGGCUCAUGGUAUGAGAGAUGUUUCCAGGGUCAAAGAUGAGUCGUCAACAAAGGCAUACGAACAAAUAGAGAGGAAAUUCAAGUGGCAUCAGGAGAAUAUAGAGGCCAGAUUUGAAGAACAGAGACGUCAGAAUGAAUUCAUGCGGACGUCCUUGAAUACCAUUAUGGAAUCUUUGAAUAUGAGUACAAGAUUAAACAGUUCUCAUUUUGAUGAGCAUGACACUGGUGGACAUUGCAGUGUUUCCUUCCCGCCAUUGUCAAGAGUUUCAGGAGAUGGUGAAGAAGCAACAGGAGACUUGCCGAGGACAGGGAACACAACACAAGUACAUGCGCUCGCAUCAGGCGAGGGACAAAACGUUACUUCUGGCCAGAGAGAGGAAAGACCUGUUGCAAAUGAUGAUGACAAAAACCUGCACGAGCAGAGCUCAAAGCCAGCUUGUGAGCUUACAACUGAUGAGGAAAAAGGAUCUGGAAAAGCACAUUCUGGUUCCACAAUUAGGCGGCAUACCAAAUCUGAGGAUCAGCCUACCAUACCGGAGACACCAGUAAAUGCUAACCUUGAUCAGGUAUCACCCACAACAACCUCCUAUUAUGAAGCUGAAGCAAGAAACAUGUUCACAGUCCCAUCAUCUGUUCCAAACACAGAACCUGAGCACGGUACACCUUGGUCAAGGGAAGUAAUGGCGUCCGGAAUGACGAUGUCCGAUAGAUAUGAAAUUGCAGCGGAAGGUUACAUGGCACCAUUCAUCCAGAUUAUGGGCGAUGAUCCACGGGCAAAUCGUAUUAACACAACCAUCAGACGGGAACUUAAUUCAAAGCAAACAUUCCCGCCGAGAGCCUCAACCUCACUGGGCACAGUCCUAUGUUUCGACACAUCCACGAGUAUUGGGCACCAGGGACUUCAACAGAUGAAGAAACAAGCUCUCGACUUCAUUGAUGGAAUAGAGGAUAUAGUACAGGCACACGACCUAGAAGAAAAUAUUGGAGUCGUUGCAUUCGGCGGUGUUUCACGUAUUGAACACCACCUCAGCAAUGACUACACAAGUGUCAGGGAUGCUAUCGAGAAGCUGGAGCUCGGUGGUUGCUCUCCUCUCUUUGAAGCUCUACUUGUGUGUUUGUGCUGUCUCAAGCGCCGGGGUGCAAUAGUAAAUCUGUCUGGAGUAGUCGCCCUUCGACCACGCCUGAUCAUCUUCACAGAUGGAAAUGCAUCCAGUGAAAGCGACACCGGAAUCGGAGAUGUCCACCGUACUGACACCCAGGUGAAGAUGCAGAUUAUCGAUUUACUUCAAAGACUGACGAAUGAAUCCAUCUUUCCCAAACCUGUUGUAUGGGUUCCUGUGGGAAGUGCCGACCGAGAUUUCAUGAUGUUCCUGGCAAAGAAGAGCAACGGGUUUUGCCUUGAAGGAGCAGACAUCACUGAACUAUGCACGUACCAGCGAGUUCAGACAACAAUCAGCAGAGUAUACAAAUGCAUCAACAAUGGAAUCGGCCCUGAGGCAGACACAACGUCGAGCCAGAUACAAACUCUCUUAGAGGCACUUGGGGGUAAAUUCAGUAAUGAAGACCAGAGGGAAAUUACAAAGUCGGUGACAGAACUGAUUGAAAAGGGCGUCAGUGUUCCAGAACUUGGCACAAAUGUGGAGUUACCAGGGUUACCACAUCUAGGCAGCAGAGUGAUUCACUGGAAAGACAGGAAGUGGGAUAACUACCACACGGAGGGACCAGGGACAAUUGUCAGUCAUAUUCCAGCGAAAAAGGACUGGGUGCUGGUACACUGGGACAACGGUCGGAAAUCUGAGUGCAGGUAUGGUGCAGAGGGCGCUUUUGAUGUCAUGGUCGUCACUGAUCAACCCAGAUAUAAUUCCUCAGACAUGACGUUUGACAUCGGAUGUGAAGUCACAAGAGGUUCAGACUGGGAGUCCAGAUAUGGAUACCAAGAUGGCGGUGAUGGGUGCGUUGGAGUGGUCAUUAAAAACCAUCAGGAGGGCCUAGUUACGGUGCGGUGGCUGACUACUGCACACAUUGAUGUCUAUAGAUGUGGGCGCGAAGGCAAGAUAGAUUUGACCCUUAGAGAUCCAAUUGAAAGUCUGAAGGAAGCGACACAAGCAGAUGGGCAGAUGUGGUGUGGUCUAGCAGAUGUACCAGACGAAAGGAAAGUUAAACCUUUAGUUAACCCUGCUCCAGAGAUGGAUGAGGAAGAUUACAGAUGGACGUGGCAGUGGCAGGAUGGGGAGGGACAAUGGAGACUAUACUCAGAUGAAGAAAACCAGAAGUUAGAAAAAGUCUUUCAACGCCCCAACGGUAGUUCGUGUCUGUUACAAAGAAAUGGCAAGAGCUACCGGGUCAUAUUCAAGGAACAUCAGGAAAAAAGCAUAGACGAUGACACAAUGAGAAAGGUCAAAAGAACAAGAAUGAACGCGGAUGAUCUCACGGUUUACAAGGAAGUCGAGCGACAACUGAGAAGAGCGUAAUAUACUCUGCUACAGCUUCAGGGUGUUAAAUCGGUUAGGGCCUAAAACGUCGACCUAUGGUCAAAUCAUCACGGGCCAGCGGAGGAAAAAAGAUCUACGUGCUGUGCGUUAUGACAUUUUAGCAAUUAACGUUGGAUUAUAGACACAAUGACGGGUCUGCCUGUUGUUAGACAAGGAUAUUCCGACUUCAUGAGCCGACACCGUUAAAUCAUGUAUUGCAAAUAUAGUGUUGGCUUGACAAUGAUUGACACACUUUUUUCAAACAAUCUAUAUUGUUAUGACAGCGCAUUCUAACGACGUCACAAUUGUGAUCUCAUAAUGCCAAACACCUUCGAGGAAAUAUCUACAAUAAAAGUUGGAACGCCAAAA